AUGACACCAGAACCACACCAGACACCACAGAACAGACCAACACCAGACCAGCCACACAGACCCACACCAAACACAGACCCACACCAGAACCACAGACCCACACCAGAACCAGCCACCAGCCACACAGAACCAGCCACACAGACCCACACCAGCCAACCAGACCCACACCAGACCACACACAGCCACACAGAACCACCAGACCCACCACCAGAAACCAGCCACACGACCCAGCCACACAGUCACCAGCCAGCCACACGACCCACAACCAGAACCAGCCACACGCACCAGCCAGACAGACCCACAGCCAGAAACCAGAACCCACACAGACCCACACCAGAACAGCCACACAGACCCCACACACAGAACCAGACACAGACCACACCAGACACACAGACCCACACCAGAACCAGCCCACCAGACCCACACCACCAGCCACACCACACCAGAAAGCCAGCGACCCACACCAGACACACAAGAGUGAUCUCAGCGCCUUCGAAGGUCGCCAGGAUCCAGGAAGUUAGGAAU